AUGAGAAAGAGAACCGCAGCCCGCGGCGGACGCAGCGGGCGCGAGCCGCCGUUGGGUGAUGGCCCCGUCUUCCCACAAAAGUUUUCCGACGCGCGUGAUCCAUGCAGGUGUUGCGUUCACGUUGCCGCGAGCAUGCGCAAAUGGUGGUUGGCGACAACAGACAAGGAGUACCUCUCGUCUCCGACAAGCCGUCGGUCGUCAUGGAAAUACGAUGCUGCUUUCGUUAGGUUCCCCCUCACGGCAGGAUGGCUGGCAUUGAUGUGGACAGGGGUCCUCCCCAACGACUCUGAGCAGUGGGUGGUGGCGUGGGUUUUAGUUUCGUGUGUGUUAUUCGCCUCGCUUCAGUCUUGCCUCCCCGUGACGGAGUUGUGGGUUGAUUUCGUUAGCAGUAGCUUCUAUUGCAUAGUGACCUGUGUGCUAUUCAGACGCCUACCCACCACAUAUGCGCUCGGGGUUAUGCAGCUUCCCAUGUAUUCACUCUGGGUCUGGGCGAGUGGGAUCCACGUGUUGUUUGUCACGCAGUACGUUAUAUGUGGCUGCAUAUGUAUUUGGUGUGCUGCACCGGACCACUACGGCUACGACAUGAGUACAGCAACCGUCUCGGUGGUUUUGUCGCUUGUGAAUUUGGUGUUCACUUCUAUGAUGGAUAUUCAGAUUGUGUACCAGUACCACCGUGUGAAGAAGCUCGUGAAAGUUUGCGCAGACGGGGUCCUCACGGUGAACGCGACCACUGGCGUCAUCGUCGGCUCGGACCGAGAAGCGUCGGACCUCUUGGGGGAGAGUUUGGCUGGAUCACAAUUGCACGCCGUGAUUCGCGACAGGGAUUGUGCCCAUGUCCGUGAGUGGCUGAAACAAUCUGCUGCCGACCCGUCGGAGGGGCUCAUGGUCACGCUUCGUUGCAGGCACAACGGUGAGUGUGAGGUUCGCUUUAUACCGUACGAUGUCGUUGGCCCUCUCGUGCACGUCUGUUUCCAAUUGGUGGGCGAGGUGAGGAGCAUUUACAACGACGGGCCCAGAGCUGCGGCGUCCGGGAGCGGCUCUCGCCCAGAGCAGCCGCCCGAAGUCGGCGGGUCCCGCCUUACGCUGCAGCGCAACAGUGACACAUGCAGCUUCGACCCCUCCAGCACCGCGAGGAACCCCCGCCCGCAGCAAGUGCAGGAGGCUCCGUCCGAGCACAAAUCAGAGGUCAGCGCGCUGUCGAGCUUGGCGAUCUCCAAGACGACCCCCUCGGCCUGGCGCCGCGUCCCCCGCACGAGGACCGUCGAGGUGCAGACGCUCCCGACCGAGCCGUCUCCACGCCCGCCGUCAAUGCCGGAGCUCAGCAGGGACGUGGAGACCCUGCGCCGCGCAGGCGUGCCGUGGGCCUGCCGCGCGAAGAGGCGGGUCAGGCUCAACACCACGAGGCGCCAGGUGCCGGCGUUCGCGGAGACGCCCAAGGAGACGGUGGUGAUGCGAUUGCGGGACGCCAUCGCGGGCAUCAACGUUUGUGGCCGAGGCUGCUGCGCGGGCCACGUCUGCGCAGCCUCGGCGAGGAGAGCCCUCGAGGUCAUGCUGCGGGGGGCCUGCCACGACGUGGAGUUCGGCGACCGGCAGUGCCCGGAGUGCCUCGCUCUGAUCGACCAGGAGGCGGACGCGGGCGAGCUGCAGGAGUGCGAGACCUGCGGGGCCGAGAUCUGCCCUCUGCCGCCCACCGGGCCUGCCUCCGCAGGGUCGUCGCCCUCGCCUUCUUCGGACGAGGCGGCCCCGGCGGCCCAGGCGCGCGUGUGCCGGCCGCGGGCCUCUGCCGCUGCGGGCGCGGCGGCGGGCUCUCUGCCGCCCGGUGGGCGGGCCUCUGCCGAGUCGGCGCCCGCCUUGGACGAGGCCCUGGCCGCCUUCACGUUCCGGGUCACGGUAGAUCGAAGCGACGGCACCAGUCUCGGGAUCGACAUCGACACUCGCGAUGGUUCCGCAGUAUUAGUGGAGAGGGUGACGGAAGGCCUCUUCGCGCAGUGGAAUGACCGCAACGAAGAAGCGAGGGUCAGAGAGGGUGAUUAUCUGGUCCAGGCGAACGGAAUUUCUGGCAACGCAGACCGGAUUGUUGCCGAGUGUGGUGAGUUCAAGCCGCUUGAGAUUCUCGUCUGGAGGAAGCCCAUGGCCAGAGAGCAACACCAGGUGACCGGUUAG